UAGCACUAUGUCAUGUCAAUAGUUCAACUUACAGUAUAUUUUAAAUAAUAAUGACAUUUACGUACACAAGAUGCUUGAAGAAAGUCUUGUGCAGGCCUAUUAAUAUUAGUAUUUUUACAUUGUCUUAGAUAAACGUUGGAUUGAUGAUGCGCAAUGGAGUCGACCUCAAACCUGUGAGAGGGAAAAUGCUCCCAUUAUGGACCAUGCCAGAGGUAGCAGCAGCUGACCUUCUAAAACAGGCUGUCCAGAAAUUGAAAACAUUCAACAAAGACAUGGAUGAUGGACCCUACCGUCUUCUGUUUCCCGAUGGCUCCGAGGUGGUUGUUGUCCCUGGGACCGAAAAGCCAUUCCUUUUAGCUGAAUAUAAAAAAGAAAUUGGCAAGCCAUAUUGCCGCAUUACACUUUUUGUAUGUCCGGAUGAACAUUUCCAAGAAGCAUAUGCUGAUCCUGAUUCAGAUUCCGAUUCCGAAGUCAUUGUGAGAACCCGGAGGUCUUUGGAAUUCAGUGAGGCUGACACCGUGCUUUGUGAACCUCUGAAUGAGAGUACACCCAAACACCAAAUCAAGCAAGAAGUAAUGGAAACACAGAAAACUGAGCAGAUUGUCAUAUCUGAUUCUGAGGAUUGUCCGGAUCCACCUAAACCAGCCAUGUUAAAGUACUACAGCACAUACACAUGUGUGUAUGCACCACAAACCGAGGAGGAGGAGGAGGAUGACAUGCCUGCUCCUGUUCCUAUGGAUGUAGGGGGCAAGACAAUGAUGGACUCCGACAUUACAUUACCGGAUAUCAUCUAUGAUCUUUCUCAAAGUAUUGAUCAUGGAAGGGUCAGCAGGUUUAAUGUUUGCCGGUCAGAUGUGUGGGAUGGAGCUCUACGAGGUUUCAAGCGAAGCACAUUUUCAGAAAAAUACGACCUGUUGGUCAGAUUUACUGAUGAUGCUGGGGUGUUUGAAGAUUCUGUGGAUACAGGUGGGCCAAAAAGAGAAUUUCUAACUCUCCUAAUGAGUCAUCUGAAAAAUCGCCCGAUUUUCAGUGGACCAGAAGGGCAUCGUUACAUUACCUAUAAUGCGAAGGCUGUCAGGGAGGACGAGUACUUCUUGGCAGGAAAGAUGAUCGCAGUUUCAGUAGUACAUGGCGGUCCAGGCCCUCAUUUCCUGUCAGAAGAUUUUGUGCAUUUCCUUGCAGGCCAGCCCUCUUUCAAAGCAACAGUUAAUUUAAUAACCGACGAAGAGAUAGGGCAAGCUUUGAGAGAGGUAGGAAAAGAGUUAAGGCUCUGGCAAGGUCUGGUAUCCUCAGUGUGAUCAACCAAGGCAUUAAAAUGUAAAGUUUCGGAUGCUCAACACUCACAGUUAAUGUGCACAGUUAGCGUUUGGCGCUUCACACUGAGGUGUUCCAAACUUGCAAGACACUGAAAGCUAUAUGUAGGGGAUGAUUUAUUUAUGAGCACAUGUGCUGUAUCUUCAUCAUGUGAUUUAACCAAAAAUGGGAUCAAAAGAGAUUGAAGAGAUACUGUAGAAAUGGUGUGUAUACUGAAUGUUUCUUGGUCUUUUCUGUCUUCUAGAUUGAGAGUGCUGCUUCCUUGGAAGAUCUGCAAGACUGUACUCUUAAGCACACCACGAUGUUGCAGACUGCAGGGUGCUUCAGAUGUGUGAAGUCCCUUGAGGACAAGAUGACCAUUGUAUCCGACUUCCUGAGAUGGUUUGUCAUUGAUCGUAACAUGUGUGUGAUUGACAGGUUUAAAGAAGGACUCUCAGCUCUUGGAUUGUACAACGCACUGCAGCUGUACCCAGCACUGCUGUCCCCUGUCCUGUGCCAUGUAGAAAAGCAGCUCACUGCUGAGUUGCUGGAGGAUCUCUUCAGGCCAGACUUGAGUCCAUUGGGGAGCAAUAGGAGGGUCAGAGAGGGAAAGACCCUGGGAUUUUGGAAUGACUACCUCCUUGAUUGUCAAGAAGGCCAGACUGCUGUAUCAGUGGAGGAGGUGCUCAUGUUUGCCACUGGACUGAAUUCUCUCCCCCCAUCUGGACUGAACCCGCAGCCAAAACUGGAAUUCAUUGAAGAUUCACCAUAUCCAAUGGCAAAUACGUGUGCUAACACAUUGAAAUUGCCAGUGUUAAGUAAUUUUGAACUCUUCAAGUCCAAUAUGGACUUUGGCAUUCAGAACUCUCCUGGUUUUGGCUGCUUCUAAAAGCAAUCAGGGUUGUAUUAGCUGUACACCACCAUUACCUACACCAAAUGAUUCGUUCAGGAACAGUAAACCAUGUUCUUUUACUCUCUACAUUUACUGUGUCUACUGUUUGACUAGACUGCUAGAAUCAAUGGCUAUUUUGCUUUUUAUUGACUAGAGUUUUCUGCCAUUGACUUGUAUUUGUCAGUUCUCUGUGCACUGUCUGUCAACCAUUGUUGUAUGACACAUUUUUGUCCAGGAACGGUAAACCAUGUUCUUUUACUGUCUACAUUUACUGUGUCUACUGUUUGACUAGACUGCUAGAAUCAAUGGCUAUUUUGCUUUUUAUUGACUAGAGUUUUCUGCCAUUGACUUGCAUUUGUCAGUUCUCUGUGCACUGUCUGUCAACCAUUGUUGUAUUACACAUUUUUGUUCAGGAGCAGUCUUUUUACUGUAAUGUUAAAAU